AUGCCUCGUGGCUCAGCGGCCGCCAAGCGACAGCAGGGUGCCACGGCCAAUCGCGACAUUAGACAUGAGAAUGGUUUGGUAGGCCCGGGAAAGCGAGUCUCGAAGCAAAAGAGCCACGGCCAGCUCAAUGGCCCGGCCAAGACCGCCGAAAGCAAUGCAGACGUCCCGAACCUCCCCACGCCUACCUCUCUGUCGUCCCACGCGCAAUGUGCCAAUGGCCACGCCAGGCCUCCUGCUGUCGACAUGCCCGCCGAGCACAAGACUACCGAGUCUUUGAGGCGAGCCUCCAUCGGUGGCUUUUCUGAGUCGUCCUCGUCCGCCACAGAGUCUUACCACGUAUCGAAUUCCGCCGUGAACCACGCCGCUCACCCCGUGGACCUCGACAACCACCGCCGCAUCGAUGUAAACGCUUCCAAGAAUUCCAAUGUGCACAAGGACACGGGUCCCCUCGACUUCGCCAUGACGGUCCUUCGAUCCUGCCCGCUUCAGGACACAAUUGCGAUCCUAAUCAUCCUGAUGCAGAUUCCUCCGAUUGCUCUGUCUGGAAUCUACAUGCUGUUCACCCUGCUCACGUUUGUGACCACAAGCAACGGUCUGACGCUCAGUGACAUUUUCGAAUGGAACCUUGGCGCACCGUCUCUGGCUACGGUCGUGUGUGUAGACGGUAUUGUCCUGCUCAUCUGGCUCUUCCUCUGGGGUCCCAUACAGCACGUCAUUCUCGAUCUCGCCCAGAUGGUCAUCGCCCUGGGUCUUGGUGGAGGGUCGGCGUCCCGAGAUGGCUCCGCCAAGAAUAGCCUCAUCUGCUUGAGCAUGAUUCUUCUCUCACACACACUUCGUCACAUGAAAGUCCGCGUGUCUCCCGCGGCAUGGGCUCUCGGGAAAGCCCAUCUUUGGGAGAAGCUUCAGCUCGAUGACCCCCUGGACGCUAUCGACUCCCUUCGGGGCUAUGAUAGGGUCGAGUCGGGGUGGCUUAGCUGGGUACGGAGUAUACUUGCCAUUCACAUUCUCACGCAGGGUUUGGUGAAAUGGGUUCGAGAUUGGUAUCUGAGACGAGAAAGACGCGAUCACCUGGCUCUGAAUGCCGCCGACCCCGAGGCAGGCAAGUCUUAUCCGGGCGACAACGAGGGGGGCUUUGCGACUCCCGAUAGCGACGCUGUGAAUCUGCAGACCCAGACACCGAUAAAUACGAAAAAGAAACGAAAACAGAGCGCACAGAUCCGAAACCGCCAGCCGCUGUGGGCGGCUCUGGCGAGCACAAAAAUUGUUGUCGUUAAAGAAUAUGAACUUACUCAAGCGGCGGCCGAGUCUGCCGGCUCGAACGCUACAGAUAUCCAUAACCUUGGAAAUGCCCCUUUCAACACCGAGCCCGGGCAGAUUUGGAUCUCGUAUGUGGGUUGCGACGAAGUAUGCUUCAACACGAGCCACUUCCCUACUCCCAAGGCGACAAGAGAGGCGGCGCCCCCGUUCUAUGUCCGUGUCAACAAUGCUGCCUGGCAGCCGACAAGAAUGACUCCGAUAGCAGACGCCGAUGAGGAUCAGGCCGCAGGGACGAGGUGGAGUGGUGACAUCUAUGGGCUCACCCCCUUGUCCAACUACGAAUGCGAGUUCGUCAGCACCGUCACUCAGGAGGUUAUCUUUUCCACCAGUGUGCGCACCACGCAAGCCAAAUCUGCUGAUAUCGACGUCACCGCUGCCAAGCCCACACCCCAGCGAACUCUCCGCCCCGAUUCGCCCAUUACGACACUGAAGACCUCAAUCGCCGCGGCAGAGAGCAAACUUGCGGAGGAGAAGCUUCGACAGAAGAACCUGCGCAGAGACUAUCAGCGCAAGUCCAACGCGCUGAAGAAGGAGAAUGAGAAGCUCUCAGCAGCGGUUGUCUCUGCAGGUACUGGUGACGACAAGCUUCGGCAAAAGAUCCAGCAGAACCAGACGCAGCAGAAACAAGCCGAGCAGGCAACCGCCAAUCUCGAAAGCGAGCUCAAGGAAUUCGAGAAGAUCCCAGAGUCUCUCAAGUCUGCCUGGAAGUCGAAGCAGAACGUGUGGAACAACGAGAAGGCCCAGUACGACGGAGCCGUGGCUGCGUUUAAGAGCUUCAAGUCAUCUGUCGAGAGCGGGCUGAAGACCCUGGAAGAGGAGAAGGCCGCACUCGAGGCCAAGCGCAACAAGAUUGUCGCGAGAAUUGCCAAGGUGGAUGGAGAGCAUGGCCGUAUCGCUGAUGCCAACGCCCGCGGGUUGGACGAAGCCGAACGCCGCAGGCAGACAAGAGAGAGCUACGAGGCCGACAUUGCCAGAGUUGAACGCGACAUGGUGUCCAGGAUCAACGACAAUGAAGCCCACAUCCAUAGGCACGAGCAGGAGAACAACGCGUUGCGUUCUCAGCUCGAAUCAUUCAACCAGGCCUAUACGUAUGCCUACGAGUAUCCCGAUGGCAGCGCUCAUUUCUCUCCACCGGGUGCAAUGCCUCAUCCGCCUACCUCUGUUCCAGAUGCGCCUGCUCUCAACCAGACUGCUGCCUGGAGCCAGAGCCUGUACAACACUUCUCUUUGGGGCCCAUCACCUCUCGCCCCAGCCUUCACGCCGCAGUCUGCUAUCGCCAACCGCAACAUGCCCGCCAUCAAGUCGCGAGGGCGCUCCUCCUCAAUGCUUAGCAAUGUGUCUGGCUUUACCCAAAGCAGCGCUACUGACGACGAGACCAACACCCCGUUCCGAGGCACCUUGUCGGGCAACUCUUACGGGUAUGGCCAGUUUGGACGAAAGCCUAGCGAUGCUGACAACGCAAUCGGCAGUGAUAGUGGCAGCAGUAGUGCUAGCCCUGCUGGGAGCGACGGCAGCACUGGCAGUGGCAGCAUAAGGGAUCCCAUGAGUCCGCCCGUCGUGUGA